UCUAAGUUUCAAUUAGCUUUCUUUUCGAACGAAGGGAUUAAUUUUGCCAACAUGCAGUGUCAAGUGGUGUUGAUUCUAUCUCUGCUGGUACUUGGUGCCAUGGGAUCGUCAUACCACCCUUACCAUCCCUACUAUCAUCUUGAUCACCAUCACCACCAUCAUCCUCACCACAAGCACCACCACCACUACGUGGAUCACCCAUUUUAUCAUUAUCUGAAGCAUCACCAUCACCACCACCACAAAGGAUAUCCCUACUACUAUGACUACUACCACCACAAGCACCACCACGAUCUCCAUUACCAUCCUUAUGGUAAAUACUACCAUUAUCACCACCACCAUUAAAACUGGCAAAAUGAAAAUAAAUUUGGAUUAUUUGGGUGUAAGAUAAAUUUGGUGGAAUAUUUUUACCUUGUAUGACGUAGUUUGCCGA